GCUCACAAGCGCCAUUUCUUUUACAAGAAUUAGCCUUUGAUACUUCUUUUCUUCCUCCUGCUUUAGAUUUCCCUGAUUCAGUUUGACAUACUGUGGUGGGAGACUGGGGAAGGGGCUUAGGAGUUGAAACUGGAGAGGAUUUCCUCAAAAACUGAACACUUCACUGUUUUUCUACGUAGCCUGGCUCUCUGAGGUGCUGGACUUUCAGAUUUUUAUUUUUUUUUUUUACUUUUCCUGGAAGUUAUGAGUGUGGGAUGCAUGGAUUCCUUUUUCAAAAGCAGCAGGAAACAGAACAGGUGUAAAUUGUCCUUGUCAGGCUCUUUGGAUAGCUGGAAAGCAAUCUCCAGGUCAGGCCUUCAGCACUUGGCUCCGGUGCACUCCCUCAACAUCGCAGUCUCCAAUGGACCUGUGAAGGAACCACGGGCGGCCUUAGAGUGGACUGAAAAUGCUGUGAAUGGAGAGCAUCUGUGGCUGGAGACAAAUGUUUCUGGGGACCUCUGCUACCUGGGGGAGGAAAGCUGCCAAGUCAAAUUCUCAAAAUCUGCUCUGCGGAGGAAGUGUGCUGCCUGCAAGAUUGUGGUCCACAAUGCGUGCAUGGAGCAGUUAGAGAAGAUUAAUUUUCGCUGCAAACCGACUUUCCGAGAGGGAGGCUCCAGAUCUCCAAGAGAAAACUUUGUCCGACAUCACUGGGUGCACAGGCGGAGGCAGGAGGGGAAAUGUAAGCAGUGUGGAAAGGGCUUUCAGCAAAAAUUCUCCUUCCAUAGCAAAGAGAUUGUGGCCAUCAGUUGUUCCUGGUGCAAGCUGGCGUUUCAUAACAAAGUCACCUGUUUCAUGCUACAUCACAUUGAGGAGCCAUGUUCCCUGGGGGCUCACGCUGCUGUCAUUGUGCCUCCCACCUGGAUCAUUAAGGUGAAGAAACCUCAGAACUCAUUAAAGACUUCAACACGGCGAAAGAAGAGAACGUCUUUUAAAAGAAAAGCCAGCAAAAGAGGCAAUGAAGAUAACAAAGGUCGGCCAUUUGUGAUAAAGCCUAUCUCCUCUCCACUCAUGAAGCCACUGCUGGUUUUUGUCAAUCCAAAAAGUGGAGGAAAUCAGGGCACCAAGGUUCUCCAAAUGUUUAUGUGGUAUUUGAAUCCACGCCAGGUCUUUGAUCUCUCUCAGGAAGGGCCAAGAGAUGCGCUGGAGCUGUACAGAAAAGUGCCAAACCUGCGGAUCCUGGCCUGUGGUGGGGAUGGGACGGUGGGCUGGAUCCUCUCCAUCCUUGAUGAGCUGCAACUCAGCCCCCCACCUCCUGUGGCUGUCCUUCCGCUUGGCACUGGGAAUGACCUUGCCCGUACCCUCAACUGGGGUGGGGGUUACACAGAUGAACCAGUGUCCAAGAUCCUGUGCCAUGUAGAAGAUGGGACCAUUGUCCAGCUGGACCGCUGGAAUCUCCAGGUUGAGCGCAAUCCUGAUUUGCCACAGGAUGAACUGGAGGAUGGGGCACGUAAGCUUCCUCUCAGUGUCUUCAAUAAUUACUUCAGCCUUGGAUUUGAUGCACAUGUUACACUAGAGUUCCAUGAAUCUAGAGAAGCAAAUCCAGAGAAAUUCAACAGCCGAUUUAGAAAUAAAAUGUUUUAUGCAGGGGCAGCCUUUACAGAUUUUCUGCAAAGAAGCUCAAGAGAUUUAUCCAAGCAUGUUAAAGUUGUGUGUGAUGGUACAGACCUGACUCCAAAGAUCCAGGAGCUGAAGUUCCAGUGUAUAGUGUUUUUAAACAUACCCAGGUAUUGUGCUGGCACGAUGCCCUGGGGAAACCCUGGAGAUCACAGAGACUUUGAGCCUCAGCGCCAUGAUGAUGGCUACAUUGAAGUCAUUGGGUUCACCAUGGCCUCACUGGCUGCUCUCCAAGUGGGUGGUCAUGGAGAAAGGUUGCAUCAGUGCCGUGAAGUGACACUUCUAACAUAUAAGUCUAUUCCCAUGCAAGUGGAUGGUGAACCAUGUCGACUGGCUCCCUCACUCAUUCGAAUCUCCUUAAGGAAUCAAGCCAACAUGGUGCAGAAGAGCAAGAGGAGAACAUCCAUGCCUUUGCUAAAUGAUCCUCAUUCCAUCCCAGAUCGCCUGCGUAUCAGAGUGAACAGGAUUAAUUUACAAGAAUACGAGGGGCUACAUUACGACAAGGAAAAACUCCGGGAAGCUUCCAUUCCUCUAGGAAUUAUAGUUGUACGAGGAGAUUGUGACUUGGAGACCUGUCGUAUGUACAUUGACCGUCUACAGGAGGACCUACAGUCUGUAACUUCUACUACACAAAGAGUUCAUUACCAGGACCAAGAAAGCUCUUUCCCCAGAGUACUUUCUGUUCAGCGGCUAUCUCCUAGAUGGUGCUUCCUAGAUGCAACUUCUGCUGAUCGUUUUUACCGCAUUGACAGAUCUCAGGAACAUUUGCACUUUGUGACGGAAAUUUCGCAGGACGAGAUUUUUAUCCUGGACCCAGAGCUGGUAAUGUCACAGCAGGUGGGGACACCACCAGGAAUGCCUGAUCUGGUAGUGGAGCAGGCCUCUGGAAUAUCAGAUCGGUGGAACCCUGCGGUUCGAAAGAGGAUGCUGAGUGACAGCGGCCUCGGCAAGAUUUCCCCACACUACGAGGUACCUGACAAACAAAAGGACGUCAGCCAGACACAUAUGCUGCAGUCACCGGUCUCUUCAGAAGAUCAAGCACUUUUACAGGCAGUCAUAGCUGGCGAUCUGCUGAAGUUCAUAGAGUGCUGUAAAAAAGGAGCCAAUUUGUUAAUCCAAGGACCUGAUCACUGCUCCUUGUUGCACCAUGCUGCCAAGACUGGGCAUAGUGAGAUUGUGAAAUACAUCCUGGAGCAUGGUCCAUCUGAAUUACUGGACAUGACAGACAGUGAAACGGGUGAGACAGCAUUACAUAAGGCAGCCUGCCAGCGCCAUCGUGCCAUCUGCCAGCUCCUGGUGGAUGCAGGAGCCUCUCUGAGAAAGACGGACUCCAAGGGUAAGACCCCUCGUGACAGGGCUCAGCAAGCUGGUGACCCAGAUCUGGCCUCCUACUUGGAGAGUCGACAAAACUACCAAAUGGUUUCCCACGAGGAUCUGGAGACAGCAGUCUGAUGUCUGAAAAUGUCAAAGAGGAUCCCUGGAAAUCACAAGGCUGUACCUGAGGCACUCGGGCAUCGUGUGAGGAAGAAGCUGAUGGAAUCAACGUGUCUCUCACUCUCAUGGAAAAUACCUGAGGACAUGCCACCAGUUUCUAAGGGCUACUGAGUCUUGCCACGGAACGUUUAGGUUCCAUAAGUUAGCCCAUGAUGGAUGAGGCGGGACACUCAAAGGUCUGUGGAAUCCAUGGGCCAUGGAAAUUUACCUUUAUUGCUUCCAGCAAGUAGCAUGAACUUCUCCCAUGUUCAUCUGUACAAUUUAUUUAAAAAAAGAAAAGGAAAGAGAAAAGAGGGUGAGGGGGAACCAGACUAACUGGGACGUUAAAAUACCUAACCAGGUCCUCCUCCAUCCCUAGAGUUUCCUUCAUUCCUUUUAAUCUCCCAUUCCCCUCACUUCUCAUCAGUUAACUAGUACCUGUUAACUCUGUGUUAAGUCUUCACAAAUGGUCAGGCAGUAGCAAAAAAUUUGAGGAGCUCUGGAUGCCCUUAGGAAAAUCUCAAAAUUUUUACUGGCUGCAUUUCCUCCAUUGCUCUCUUCUCGGAAGCUGCGUCCUCUGUGCUCAGUCACCGUGGAGUUUUCUCACUUUUGGAGAGGACUCUGCCUAUUGCCUUGUUUCUCAAGGUGUGAGGCACAGUUAAAUUUACAGCAGUAACAAAACCUAACUUCUCCUCAUUGUUGCUGGGUAUACAGUUAUGGUCCUUAUGAGACAGUAAUUUGUACAGGAAGGAAUUAUAUGGUGUACACCAUACUGUUGUAUGGCAGAGCAGAAAGUUACCAGUGAGGUUUCUCACACCACCAUCAUGUGUACAAUGACUGACCCAAUUUUGCUUAGGUUUCAGGCCUGCCUAAAAGUUGAUAACUCUUUUUCACUUUUGAAAAGAUGGGUUUUACACUGGGGAGAGAUCUGUGCAAUACAGAGGGGGUUCUGAUGGACUGACUUAUGGACUCAGUCUCCUUUGUGUUGCAGCCAGAGGUAAGAAGUUCUAGAAUAUCAGUGGUCAGCCUAGGCUUGCUGCUGUCAACACACAAACAAGCACUGACCCAGUCGCAUUGGUAAUGGGAAAACUUCCUUUGGCUGAACCUGUAAACUGUCUGAUUCCCCAAGGAAACAGUUUUAGAGGGGCUACCCCCCUGGAGAAGGACAAGCAACAUCUCUUUGCCUUGUUAUCCACUAUAGGCUUGGAAACGUAAAGUUGCUUAGCCACUGUAAAGGCCAGCCAUGUCUUCUGUACUCAUCCGUUCCCUGGCCUCAAAGUUUAUAACCACAGAAGAAGAGAAAGCAAACACCGAUACACACAGGCAUACACAAAAUUUUCACCUUCAGGUUUUCAAUCACUACAGACAACUCAGCUGUCAGAAACAGAAGAGCUUCCACUUCCAAUUUGUCUGACCAGUUCCCAUGAAGACACCCCCAGCCCACUUUUGGCAUAAUUCCUAAACAGAUUUAUGAUUUCUUGUUUGUUUUGAAAGAUCCACUGGUGUUUGUUUUCAUGCGCCUUGCUAGGUGUAAGUCUCUGGUAGAUGGUGAUCAUUGGGAUUACAUGCAGUUUGGAAACCAUGAAAAUAACUCAGGUCAUUAUUCAGAUAAGUUUUUCUUCCUUGGUAGACAUUGUGGAAAUGAAAUGAAUGUGAUCUUUUUUUUUUUUUUUUAAAAAAAAACAAAACAAAACCAACCAAACAAGAGUAAUUGUGGCAGAGAGGGAAGAGCUGAAAAAUAUACUUUUUUUUUUUUUUUUUCCUGUUUUCAAAAGUUCAUUUGAUAUGAGCAAAAUAUUUCUUUAGUAUUUCUUCCUCUGGAAGGAAACUAUAUAUAUUUGUAAUCUAUAGAUCAAUGGCGACAUGAAAUGUAUUUUGUCUUAUUUUCUGUCUUUAUCUUUCUUGUUUAAAAAAUAAAAUAUGGAAGCCAAAUUCCUUCCCUUGAUAAUCAUACAGGGGCUUGUGGCGAAGAUCAAUAUGUGUAUAUAUUAGAACUGAAUUUGGCAACUGUUAAAAUAAAAACUCAGAGUAUAAUUUUUGUGUAUGUGAAAUUUCCACAAGAAAGAUCCUCAUACUGUGUUUUCAUGGUAGGCCUUGCAUUAUCUUCCAGCUGUGAGGAAACACGUUAAUAUUUCUAUAUAUUUGACAAAAAUAAGAAUUAUAUUAAUAUUGGUUUUAUCUUUCUGUUUUGUUUUACUGAUGUGAAAAACAGAAGAAGCUUCAAUGACACCAGAGGCUUGGUUCUGUCCUGUCUGAGGCCAGACCGGUGCCUGAGCAAAGGACAGCCAGUGAAGCUCGUUGCAGCUCCCUGGUCCUUUACUCCCAUGACGAGGUGGAUCAGUAAAGGCUUGAUCUAAUCACAGGUAGUUUCUGGAGGCCACGUCUGCACUGGGAUAAGGGAGCUGGGUCUGGUCGCUCUCUGUCCCCAGUGGUCCUCCUCUCAGUGAGACAUCCCUUGUGCCCCAGGCGUGGCUGCAACAGGGGCUGGCUCUGGAGCAGCUUAGCAGGAUGGUAAGAUUUUCUAAACUCCAUUGUGCCAUUUGGAUGGCUCAAAGGAGUUGGAGCAUAUGAGAGAAUCUGGCUUGCUGUUUUCCCCGGCAGCUGGAGUAAGAUGCUAUGAUCAGAGUGAGCCUAUUGUGCCUCUGGAAAGCUGCCCACACUGUGUGCUCAGUAGGAAGCAGUUACUGUAUGAUGAAAAUAAACCCCAGCACUAGAGGUAGGACAGGAGCUGGCUGUAUGUAGUGCCUUUAAUUUUCAAGGUGUCCCAAAGCACUGCACACAUAAUGCAUUAGAUACUGGUGAUGUAUUGUAUUUGUAGAUAACAGAACAUGUAUGUUGUUUUCUGCAAUGGCACACACAUGGCCAGGGGUAUCAAAAGUUUAGUGAACUAAAGGAAAGAGUUUGGGGCCAGGAUGCUGCAGAUUUAUUCCUCACCCCUUUUCAAGUGCAGUGGGAUUCUCAAUUUUGGACAGCCACCAGAAGCAGGCAGACUGUGCAGCAGUUAAAGGUGACACGUACGUAUUCUCUCUCUUGAACACCUGGGGUCUAGCUUAGUACAAUAUGAUUGUGCCUGCACUGUGCAGGGCCAAAAUUUCAGCAUGCAGAUGGGAACCCACUUAAAUUACAUGCAAAACAUUUUGAUUUACUAAAAGUGUCUGUUCAGUGGCUGUGUCUAUGUGUGUAUAUUACUAUAUAUAUGUAUAUCUAGAUCAUAUAUAUAGAUUCACACACAUAUGCAUACACACUUAGAAUUGUGCCAUUUGAAUGAAAAAAGUACCUAGGGAUGCUCAGCUACUGAGGUUUCUGGACUGACAAAAUGUCAUUUUCCAUUUUAAUUUGUUAUUAAAGGGAACCCUUUUCAGUAGAACUGAGGAGCUCCUGAAUUGUUCCAUUGUACUGAUUUUACCAUCUCAUCUUGGAGUUUAAUGGAGGGAAAGAAAAUAUUUAUAAUGUUGAUAAAAUAAACUUACUUUUGUUAUUUAAUAGUAUCAGUUACUCUUAUUAUUUCAUGUUUCAAUGCUAGAGGUAUCUUUCUGUGUUAUCCAAGACAUGGUGAUAUAUAUUUCUCACUAAUUAUAUUAUCUCUCAAUAUUGUGAUGUGUGAGUGACUCAUGUAAGACAGGAGCUCAAGGCAAAUUUUGCCCAUUACAAAACAAGCCUCAAACUCUAAUGGCUCUUUCACCAUUUCAUAUGAUGGCUUGUCUGUGUUUUAGCACUUUUAAGAUGUCUGUAGAGGUUUUUAUUGACACCUGUCACCCUUGCUUUUCCCCAGCAGCAGUAGAAUUGCUCAGUCUCAACUCAUGGUGCCAUAGCCUGGAUUCGGACUACAUGAGAUGUCUCCUGGUACAUGAAGACUGCCAUAUAGAAGCACUGUAGACUAAAGAAAAUAGAACAAAAUUGAUGUUUUGUUGCCAUUGAUCUUCCCAUCUGUAUUUGCAGAGCUGGCGCUGUUAUGGAUUAAUAGAUGGGGCACAUGGUUUUUCUGGUGAAGUGGUUGUGGGAGGUUUGUUUGAGUACUAUUUCAUGUCCUCUUUUCUCAUUUUUGUCUUUGUCAUGGUAGCGAAUGUCACUAACACACAACCUCACCUUGAAGGUUGAUAUUUUCCUUUCAGCCAUCCCAGAUGCCUCCUGUGGAGUAUGCUUAUGUGUUGACCCUUCCAGUAUAUCAAAAGCAUGUUGAGAUGAUCUGACUCUGGGUAAAAGCUAUGAAAUGGGCAAGGUACAUUGGUAGCCUUAAGCUUGAUGGGAUUUUAAUGGUACUCAAGAAACAUAUGGACAUGCUGGAAAUUUGGAUGCCUCAAAACUCUCCAAGGACAAUUCUGGCCUUGUACUCCAAGAGGAACCAUUUCCUCAUGCUGAUCCAUUUGAGGUCUGUCUAUUUCUUUGCCUCACAUUUUGCUGCUUUUUCACCAGACUAAUAUCCAUGGACAAGUAUUUUACAAGCAUGAUGUUUAAGCUUGUUGAAAGUAACAUUUCUAUCUCCAUUAUACCUGUUCUUCUUCAUUCAUCAGAAGUUGAUUUCCUCUACUUUCCUCACCGAAUCUGAGCCAAAGUGACAUUGAGUUAUUAGCCUCCUAAUUAAUCUAAAGCAUCAAAUGUGAGUAGUCAUUUCAGCAGUCCUGGAAACAGCUUAUCAUAUACCUCCGCCUUUCUGGAUAACAGUGAAGCUAUAGGACACAGUAUUACAGGGUUCACUGUGGUACUCAACUCAUUUUGCCUUCUGAACAACAAUGUAGGCAACUAUUUUUCUUAGUAAUGGUUAGCUACAGCUUUAAAAUCCCAUGAGCUGCCUGCCAAAAUCUGUUGAUUGCAACAGCAACUCAGUAAUGUGCUAAAUUGCCUGCUAGCUUAGUGAUGAAGACCAGAAUUUUAUGUGGAAGAGGUGUCUCAAGCUUCAGUGCUUUAAAUCCUUUUGGAGGGGCAGGAUGCAGCUCAUGACUGCACUGUGGAAAUUCCUCAAGAGAAGCUAUAAGCCAGCCCUGUGCCCAGCUCUUGAGGAGGGCAGAAUUUAUAGAGGAGUCAUGAUGUCUCAGCCUUUGCUGAGGAGUUACCAGUACACGCUUCUCUGGACUGCCUAGCUGAGAUCUCUGCAGGUAACAAAGCUCAGGGGCCUCCUUUUCCCUCCCCGGUGUCUUUCCAGCACCCCUGCUUAUGGUGGUGCCCACAGAGUGGCAUUCUCUCAUUCCCUGUACAUGUGCACUGGAGCAACAUACCCUGCCUUGGCCAAGGGAUUUCCUGGCCCAUGUAUGGUGCCAUUCCUUCAAAAGAGGAAAAUUCCCUCCCUCGGGCCUUGAUCACAUCAGUAAAUUAAUUACAUUUGACUUCAGUGAUCAGGCAGGCUUAGAGCUGAAUAACCUUACUGUAUUCAGCCAUCAGAGUGCAUCUUGUCUCCUGCCUUAUUUAUAAUGUGCCACAUUCCAGUCUCAGCUGCAGUUUCUUGUUUCUCAGAUUGCCUUUUUUUUUUUUUU